AUGGCAGAAGCUUUGCAGCUCGGUGUCUCAGACGAGCGCCACGCCACCAUUGCAGCAGUGAAGAAGCAGCCGGCUAAAAAGAAGGCGGCUGCACACGCAGGUUCAGUCGAGCCGCAAGAAGAGGAGGCUGGCGAUGACGAGGAGGUUGACGGGAGUAGCCGCAGCCACCUUGGGGCACCAUGCGCCCUCGAGGACCUCGUCCGUGCCUGGAUCCGACGACGCCCAGACCUCUUCCGCCUGAAAUCAGAACCUUUGGAGCUGGAGACGGAGGUGGAGUUGGCGUGCGCCGUUCCCUUGGCCUUGUUCCGCCUUCCCCCUUUCCGGAUCCUCAAACAGGUCCUCCCUGGGGACGAGCCUGAGAAGCAUCUCCAACGGCUGUCACGUGUGCUUCAUGAAGCCGAGACACGCUACCUUGCCAUCUUCCCCAAGAAUGGUGAGGACAUGUCGGAAAGCAGGGCAGAGGACUUCUUGCAGCUCACGACACUGCAGGACUCGCUGCUGACCAGUGUUUACGGACACCUCAAGAAGAAGAUGCAGCGCGUCCAUGGCCCGGCCAUCGUGCCGCGAAGGCCCGGCGAUGACGAUGCCAAGCAGCUUCUUCGUGCCUUCCAGAAGCAUGUGGACAAAGAUGGCUAUUUGUGCUCCUCUGCCGUGCGGGUGGAGCUGGAUGCUCUCUGCAGCCUGAGGAACUGCACACAGACUCAGCUACUGAAGGACGCAAAGCUAGGGCCCAUCUUCUGCAGCCAGAUGAGGAUGCAGAUGUUCGUGGAUUCCACAAUUUGGGUCGCCAUCACGUCCUGGCCCGUGGUGACCUUCCACGACCUGGAGUGUGCCAUCAUGAAAGGGAAGGACUUCCGGCAGCAGCAUCGGUUCACGGAUUGCGGUCUGGGCAGCCUUCUGUAUCAUCCCAUGGUGGCACACUUCUUCUUUGGACAUGAGGAAUCGCAGACCACUCCCCCUACAGAGUUUCCCAAGAUAACCAGCGAGCAGUUGCUGCACCUCAUGGUGAAGAGCUGGCUCAACGACGAAGGAAGCUUCCCCCACAAGGCCUUCGAGAACACGUGGACCCUGGAUGCAGGCCUGACUGCGGCGGCCGCGAGCUUGGGCCUGCCCAGCUAUCGGAGCAUCGGGGUCCACGUCCAGCGCGAGUUCCUGGUCAAGGAAGUGGUGAAGCAAGCGCUGCAGCGGCGGGACGCGAUCAUGAAGUACUGCAAGAAGGUCGUCCAUGAGAGCGUGAAGGGAGGACACUUGGGCAAUAUCCCCCCGUGGGACCACGAUCGGUGGAGCACUUUCUUCAGCCAGCUGCAGAGGCUGAAUUCACUUCCCGAGCAGGUGAUGUGCAUCAAGGAGGUGCUGCAGAAAGAGGUCCGGGCCAUUCGAAGCAUGGGUGGCGAUCUCGAGGCCGCCUUGGGGAAGAUCUUUACGCCGCUGCUCCUUCUGGCGAUCUCAGCCGCGCACGUGUCCUGCAAGGCAGGAAGUGGCAAAAAGCUGGAAGCCGUUGCGAGCGCCGCCAGCCAGCUGCGUGAGCUGCUGCCACCAGGGCAAAGCCUGGAGGUGGCUGUGGAGGGACAGGAUCCGUCCUCUGGGGACCUCGAGAUUCAGUGGCCUGCGCUGCCGCAGCCAGAGGACUUCGGCCGCCGGGGCGCGGCUGCGGCCGGGCUUUGUGGCGAGAGUGAGGCCACCGUGGUUCAGCAUUUGCGGGAGCAGUUGAACGCAUCGCUGCUGUCGCUGGCGGAGAACGACGUGGGCCUUGCUGACUUGCUCACGGCCGAUGGCUUUGGGGAGCUGCUGGCACGGAACAGCAGUGAGCUGGCCAAGCUGAUGGAGAGGUUUGCGCACAAGGCCGGCAGUAGCAAGCUCCACUCCGACUUGGCACACUUCUGCGCGGAGCUGAAAACCGCCCAGGUGCCCAGUGCCGAAGCGCAGUCGGCCGUCCUGCACCACUUCGGACCGGCAGUGACUGCGAAGGAAGCCUUGCUUGCCUUGGAUCAAGCUGCAACGACCCUCCCGGAGAACCGGCCGGUAGUGGAGAUGGCCCACGCCCUCGCUGCCGAGACCAGCGGCCUCUGGCAUCAGCCAGGGUCUGCCGUCUGUGUGAUGGACAAGGAGAUGGUCCAGCAUGUGGUUGGCCAGCUCUCCCGAGCCCCAGUGCUGAUGAAUCUGCGCGAUGCCCUGCCGGAGUGGAGGGGUACCUUCCAGUCGGUUCUCGGAGACUUCUCAAGCUUCUUGCGUUCCACGGCCUUCGGCGAUGCAUGGGGGCAGCAGUCCCGCGGGAGCCUGGUGAUGGAACUUCACUGGGAGCAUUUCGUCCGUUUGCCAACAGGCACUGUCGUCGACUUCUUCGCCUGCGUGGAGGCCCGGGAUGCGGCGGGCGCAGCUGGCUCGGCCUUGCGCAGGCCACGUAUGUUGGAUGCUCCAGCUUGGGCUCGACAAAAGUUGUCCUACCAUUUAGUCAACGUCCGUGUGAUGGCACAGGCCCCUGGUUCAGGCUGGGGCAGUGGGCAAGCAUGGCGUUUCUUUCGAGUGGCCAUGAUUGUGGCCAUGUCCGUCCUUUCUGGCGGAAAGCCAUGGCUUUUCGCUGGUUGCGCAAGCUACCGGAGUGGAGCUGCAACAAUACGACCCGCGUGCACAGCUCCGCGGUUCAGGACGGCAAGGACGGUGCGGGAGCGGAGGGGCAGAGCAGGUCAGAAGCCGCUCAUUGGUGGGGGAGGCAGGGAUGGCGACGGUGAGGCUGAGGCUAAAGAACUGACAACCAAGCUCUCUAGGGCCGCACCCGCCGCAGCCAUCCUCAGCCUGGUGGAUAAGGAAGUGGACGGGUCGAUCUUCAAUUACUUCCACAUGGCAGCAACAUUGAACCGAUUGGGCAAGUUCAGCCAGCGGCGGCAGCUAAGCCCAAGUGACAUGGCUAGCCACGUUUGGCCAAAGCUGGUGAGCCGACUCCGCGCCAUGCUUCAGGAGGGCAAGCUCCUGCCACGGGCUACAUCGCAGGUUCUUUGGGCCGUUGGUGAGCUUCAUGACCAGCUGAAUGGGAAGGUGAAAGGAUAUGAUGAGCGUCCGUUGAUGGAGCUAAUGAGGUACACGCAGAAAAAGGCAGGUGCCAUGGACCCGCAGAGUCUCUCAAACUGCCUUUUGACACUGGCCAAGUGCAGAGAUGAAAUGCCAGACAUGUGGGCUACGGCGAAGUCUAUUGCGGGGCACAUUGCGCACAAGGUGAGAGACUUCAAUCCUCAGGAUUUGUCAAACAGCUUGUGGGCCAUUGCGACGCUGCAAGAUACAGCGCCACAGGUACUGGCGGCUCUGCCAGCCAUUGCAGGGCGCAUUCCACGCAAGGUACAAGGCAUGACUCCUCAAGCUUUGUCAAACAGCCUGUGGGCAGCUGCGAAGUUGCAAGUUGCCGCGCCACAGGUGCUGACAGCUGUGCCAGCCAUCACAGAGCGCAUACCACAGAAGGUAAGGGAAUUUGAUCCUCAGGACUUGUCCAACAGCUUUUGGGCAGUUGCGAAUUUGAAGGAAGCAGCACCAGAAGUGCUUGCGACAGUGCCAGCCCUUGUGGCCCAGAUUCCUUCUGCCAUUUCUGCGAUGAUGCCUGCAGCGUUGCACAUGUCCUUGUGGGCCGCCUCAGAGCUUGGCGAGGACGACUUGGCCGCUCAGCUUCAGAAGGAGCUGCGUCGGCGGAAGCGCUGA